AUGUUGUUGGAGUGGAUCACAUUUCAAUCCCUGAUGAUGGUUGCCGGAGGACAACUGUUUGCCAGAGGAUGGGCGCCAGCGAGCAACUUACUCCUGUCCGGCUCGAAGGGUCUACAGAGAUACAUCACGUUCUCUGACAGCGUAAGUGCAGGUGCCGAGACUGCCAUGAAAGAGUGCCGCCAAAGGUUCCAAUGGGACCGCUGGAACUGCCCUGAAGGAUCACUGGCUCUGUUCAACGAACCUCUCCCGACACGUGAGAUGUCCUUCGUUCACGCUAUCAGCUCGGCCGGUGUAAUGUACUCACUCACCAGAAACUGUUCCUUGGGACAGUUCGAGAACUGCGGCUGUGACGAGUCGAAGCGAGGAGGUAAAGCAGGAGGCAAGGACUGGCAGUGGGGUGGCUGCAGUGAUAACAUUAAGUUUGGCGAGCGGAUCUCUAAGGUUUUCGUGGACGGUAUGGAGCGGGGAGAAGACGCGCUGGCUCUGAUGAACCUGCACAACAACGAUAUCGGUAGAAAGGCAGUUCGUCAGACACUGACUCGUCGCUGCAAGUGUCAUGGCGUGUCCGGCAGUUGCUCCAUCCAGACGUGCUGGGAUCAGUUGGGACCCUUCGGCAUCAUCGGCGAGGCUCUCCGGAAGCGCUACGAGACGGCUGUUAUGGUAGACUACGUCAGCGGCAGCCUUAGCCACAGCGACGAGGAGACACAGGACGCGCAGGCAGACAUCGAGGAUGACCUAGUCUUUCUCCAGCCGUCACCCAACUACUGCCACGUCAACACCACCGUCGGGACCACGGGGACACUGGGUCGGGAGUGUCUCCGAGGCCGUGGAGCUGAGGUGAGCCCCUGGGAGGCGCGAAGCUGCAAGCGUCUCUGCACUUCCUGUGGACUAGGUGUUAAGCGGAGCAAGGUGGUUGUGUCUUCAAGUUGUAACUGCAAAUUCCAUUGGUGCUGUGAGGUACAAUGUGAGACCUGUACGCGGGAAGUCACCAAGCUCACUUGUGCGCGGAAGAGUGAAACCAGAGCCAGACUUUAAGUGACUUUGGUUCAUCAGUAUACAUGUAAAAGGACACAUCGGUUACAGUUAAAUGUUAUCAUAGGGUCCUGAUUUUAUUGUCCGAUUUCCUCUUAAAUCUUAUUCGAGGAUUUGCUUCCACGUUUUGGCAGUGAUGCACAUUUUGAUUGGUUGUGUAAAUAUGUAAAUCAUGAAAGAAUAAUUAUGUUAAUUGUGCAUCACACCAACAACUCUUAUUUAUCACAGAUUCAAGAGUACACAUGUGCAUGUACUGUAAAUUUUUUAGUGUUCAAAUGUUGCUUCUUAAAGACCAGUUCCUAUUUGAAAAGAAUUAAUUGUUCAUCGUAAAAUAUGUGUGGAUUUUCUGCUGAAAUAAGUAUGAAUAAAGAAUCGUCGUGCGUUUCGCUUGAAACUAA